AUGGACACAGUACCUAAUAGUAUCGAACGGCGAAGACGUAUCGUACAAGAUCAUCUACUAAUUUGGUUAGAUGAGUCUAUGGAUGAAACAAACAAAGAUUACAAACAUAUUCUGACACAAAUACAAACCGGUGCCAACAAUGUCAACGUCUUUACACAGAGAGAUGAAUGCGUCGACUUUAUUUCCGAUAAUGAAAACAUCAAAUCUUUUCUCGUUGUCGAGAACACUAUCGCUCAACACAUUAUACCCUUCAUCAAUGAUGUUCCUCAGUUGGAUGGUGUUUAUAUCUUCAGUGAUAUUGAAAUCCUGCAAGAAGAAUGGACAACAAAAUGUCAAAAAAUCAAGAGUGUUCAUAGCAACAUCAAUGACUUAUGCAAAUCAUUACAAUCGUGUAUUAAGACAUGCAAUCAAGAUUCGAUUGCUGUGAGUUUUUUAACAGUGACUGAAAUAGAUUCAACUGAUAAUUUGAAUCAGUUGGAACCAACAUUUAUGUACACUCAAAUAUUCAAGGAUAUUCUUCUUGAUAUGAAACAUGGUGAACAAGCCAUUACAGAAUUUACUUCAUACUGCCGACAAAAUAAAUUCGGAUCGGCAAUCAAUAUCGAUCGAUUUGAAAAAGAAUAUCAUGCUCAAUCAGCUAUUUGGUGGUAUACUUACCCAUCAUAUAUCUAUUCUAUGUUGAAUUAUGCUCUUCGCUCUAUGGAAGCCGAUACUAUUAUUAAUAUGGGUUUCCUUAUUCAUGAUCUUCAUAUACAGAUUCAUCAUCUACAUCAACAACAGAUUAAUACUGAUCAUAGCAAACCAUUCACAGUCUAUCGUGGGCAAGGUCUAUCCAAAUCAAAUUUCGAGAAACUCAAAAAAACAGAAGGUGGUUUAAUGUCUUUCAACAACUUUUUAUCCACUAGUACCGAACAAGAGAUAGCUUCUGGAUUCGCUUAUAGUGCGUCACAAAACGCUGACAUGGUUGGCAUUUUAUUUAUAAUGUCCAUUGAUCCUUGCAUAAAAUCAGCACCAUUUGCCUCUAUCAAAGACAAGAGUUAUUUUAAAGAUGAAGAAGAAAUUCUCUUCUCAAUGCACACCGUCUUUCGAGUGGGAGCAAUUAAAGUGAUGGACAUUAACAAUCAACUUUAUCAAGUUGAACUACAAUUAACGUCGGAUGAUGAUCAACAACUGCGAUUGCUUACUGAUCGGAUACGAGAGGAAGCUGGUGGUAGUACUGGAUGGCAGAGAUUGGGUGACUUAUUGCUUAAAAUUGGUCAAUUUAAUAAAGCUGAAGAAUUAUAUCAUGUAUUAAUUGAACAGACAUCUCACGAGGAUGAAAAGCAGUAUUAUUAUAAUCGACUGGGAUAUGUCAAAGAUGAGCAGGGUGAUUAUGAAAAGGCUAUUUGGUAUCACCAACAAGGAGUUAAAAUCUAUCAAAAAACUCGUUCAUUAAAUCAUCCUUUAUUAGCUACUUCAUACAGCAACAUCGGUAGUGUGUAUGACAAAAUGGAAGAGUACUCGAAAGCGCUUUCAUAUUACAAAAUAGCACUUGAAAUUUUGCAAAAAUUUCUUCCUUCAAAUCAUUCUGAUGUGGCUACUUCAUACAACAACAUUGGUAAUGUAUAUAACCACAUGGGAGAGCACUCGAAAGCAGUUUUAUUUUACGAAAAAGCACUUGAAAUUUUUCAAAAAACUCUUCCUUCAAAUCAUCCUUCGUUGGCUGCUUCGUAUAACAACAUUGGUACUGCGUAUAACAUGAUGGGACAGUACUCCAAAGUCCUUACAUUUUACGAAAAAUCACUUGAAAUUUAUCGAAAAACUCUUCCUUCAAAUCAUCCUCAUUUGGCUACUUUAUAUGGCAACAUUAGUAAUGUCUAUGAGAACAUGGGAGAGUGUCCCAAAGCACUUUCAUUUUACGAAAAAGCAUUUGGAAUUCUAAAAACAAAUCUUCCAUCAAAUCAUCCUAAUUUGGCUGUUUCAUACAACAAUAUCGCUUUGAUGUAUGACAAGAUGGGAGAGUACUCGAAAGCACUUUUAUCUCACGAAAAAGCACUUGAAAUUUGUCAAAAAACUCUUCCCUCAAAUGAUCCUCAUUUGGCAACUUUAUACAGCAACAUCAGUAAUGUGUAUGAUAACAUGGGAGAGUACUCGAAAGCACUUUCAAUUUUCAAAAAAGCAUUUGGAAUUUUAAAAACAAAUCUUCCAUCAAAUCAUCCUGAUUUGGCUAUUUCAUACAACGACAUCGGUUUGAUGUAUGAUAAGAUGGGAGAGUACUCGGAAGCACUUUCAUUUUACGAAAAAGCAUUUGAAAUAUAUAAAAAAACUCUUCAUCAAAAUCAUCCUCAUUUGGCUAUUUCAUACAACGACAUCGGUUUGAUGUAUGACAAGAUGGGAGAUUACUCGAAAGCACUUUCACUUUACGAAAAAGCACUUGAAAUCUAUAAAAAAACUCUUCAUCAAAAUCAUCCUCAUUUUGCUGCUUCGUACAGCAACAUCGGUAGUGUGUAUUCCAGUAUUAGAGAGUACUCGAAAGCACUUUCGUUUUACGAAAAAGUACUUGAAAUUGAUCAAAAAACACUUCCUUCAAACCAUCCUUCUUUGGCUACUUCAUACAACGACAUCGGUUUGGUGUAUAACAAGAUGGGAGACUACCCGAUAGCUCUUUCAUAUCACGAAAAAGCACUUGAAAUUUUUCAAAAAACUCUUCCUUCAAAUCAUCCUGAUCUGGCUACUUCAUACAAUAACAUCGGUUGGGUUUAUAGAAAUAUGAAAGACUAUUCCAAAACACUUUCAUAUUAUGAACGUGCUCUGAAUAUAUGGCAAUGUGCAUUACCUUCAACUCAUCCUCAUAUUAAAAAUGUGAAAAAUAGUAUUGAAAUCGUAAAAAAGGAAAUAAUAAAGAGUAUUUAG